GUGUGGCUUGAUCCUAUUGGCCGCUCUGAGUGUUCGCCUGACUGCAGGCUGCUGCUGCAAUUGGCUGAGGAGCCAGUAGGAAGUGACAUCACUCUGAACGCCAUCAAAAACAACGCCACACUGGAGACUAAGACCUUUCAUAUUGGUGAGCCUAACCCUGACCCCUGACCUUUAUGGUCCUGUUAUAAAACAGAAUGUAACAAAUAAUGGAUGAAAAGGAAUGGUUUACUGUUUCACAAUUAGACUUGUGUGGUUGUAACAGAGGUGUGUGUGUGUGUGUGUGUGCGUGUGUUUGUUUGUUUGUUUAUGUGUGCACUGUGCAGCUCCUGUCCCCCUCUCCUCUCUCCGUGUCGAGGUGCCCACCACCAGCGCUUUGCUGUCCUGCAGCCUACAGAACCAACAGACCCUCACUGCCCUCAGUCUACACAACAUACACACCAAACACACACACACUGAAUACACACACACUGAACACACACACACUGACCACACACACAACUCCUCGUACGCAGGGAAAGGUCUGCAGCCUGGAGCACACUACAGCAUCACAGCAGAGUUGACCACGCUCCUAACAAACCUCAACAUCAGCUUCACCCAGAGACUGCACGCAACCAUAGAGACAGGUAUUUUUAAAUAGUUUUUUAAAACCAAUUUAAGCUGGGAGUCAAUAUUGGGUCUCUUUCACAAGGGAGCCCUGCAUAUACUGUACCAGUCAAAAGUUUGGACACACCUACUCAUUCAAGGGUUUUUCUUUAUUUUUACUAUUUUUUACAUUGUAGAAUAAUAGUGAAGACAUCAAACUAUGAAAUAACUACUGCAUGAUUCCAUGUUUGUUAUGUCUUCACUGUUAUUCUACAAUGUAAAAAAUUUUAAAAAUAAAGAAAAACCCUUGAAUGAGUAGGUGUGUCCAAACUUUUGACUGGUAGUGUACAAUUUCAUAAGACAAAAUCUAAAAUCUAAUACAAUAUAAAACAAGUAAAAUACAGCACAUAAAUAUUCAAGAAAAACAUUACAUUCCUCAAUAAGAAGGUUCCCAAUCAGUAUUUGAAGUUACUCGAGCGACACCAGAACAUCCAAUUGUGAUGUAUUUUGUAGUUGGUUCCAGCAAUGAGGUGCUUUAAAACUAAAAGCGGAUUUACCUAGUUCGGUGGAGACCCGAGGAACCUCAAGAGUUAACCAACCUUGUUAACGGGUUUGGUAUCUCAUGUUUUUAUAUUUUAACAGUGAAGUUAGGUAAGUUGGAAUCUUGUGUACUAGAGAUUUGUAAACAAAAAGGGAAUAAUGAAGUGAUCUACGGGACUUUAAUGAGGACCAGCCAAUCAGAUUCAGAUUCAGAUUUAGAUCAACUUUAUUAUCCCACCAGGGGGAAAUUCAUUUGGUCAUGUGCUUAAAAAGACAGUACAUAAAGCAUGAAAACACAAAAACGACACAAUAUAAUUAAUUGAAAAUUCUAUAGCUACACAUUUAAAGUGAAAGUGCAAUAUACUGUAUACUCAAGGGACCAACAGACUAUCCAUUAUACAGCCUAAUGGCUGUUGGAAUAAAAGAGUCCCCAUAUCUAUCCGUUUUGAUUUUAUUGUGAAGUCUCUUUCCCCUUGUCCGGCUGCUUCUGUGACUGAGUUUUAAGUGAAGGGGAUGUGUACUGUCCUGUAAAAUGCUUUCAAGUUUUAGGAGGAUGAGUUUUGUGUACAGGUUGAUGGCUGAAGGUUUAAGGGUAGUGGCUACAAUCUGGUAAUGGUGUCACCAUAGUCAAGAACUGGCAGGGAAGUUGACUGUAUAAUCUGCUUCCUGCUAUUUAAAAAAAUGGUGUGUCUGACUGUACAGCACACACACACAUAGAUGUAAUAAAUGUCGACUGCUAUAUGUCUAGAUUGACCAGGAGUUGACAAUUGUCUCUCCUCAGCCCAGUGUCCUAUUGGUUGGCUGGCGAGUGGAAGGAGCUGCUACAGUGUGAGUAGGCGGAGCCUGUCAUGGGGUGACGCCCAGCAAACCUGUAUGGGCGUGGCUUCACGAGGUCACCUGGUAGACCUUAAAACAGAGACAGACCUCCUCCUCUCGUCUUACCUGACCACACAUAACAACCUGCUACUGCUCUGGACCGCUCUCAAUGACAGAAAGGUAACACACACACACAAGCGUGUGAGUGAGAGAAAUGGGCUGUGUUAGCAUGAAUGGUGUUUGCUUUCUAAACAGUCAGACACAUUAGUUUCCUCCUUACAGAGGAGUGUGUUAGUCUGUGAUUUAAAACUGAUGAUUGGGACAUUCUCAGAAUGUCUGUCUGACACGAACAGAGAGAGAAGCAGAUAUCCACUGGAGUGACGUCGCGUACUUAAACUCCUCCCAACCCGCCCCCCAGCUCUAUGUCCAAUACCAAGAAGUGGAGGAAGGGGAGGAAAAUGGGGAAGAGGAGAAAGAAAGGGAGAAAAGAAGUGCAGGUCGUGUCUCUCUGUCCCUCAGAGCCUCUCACCUCACUGGGGCCGCAUGGAGCCUUGGGAGCACGCACAUCACUCAUACACGGCCCCUUCCCACUCGGAACGUCACCAUUAGCAAUGUGACAGCCAGUCAGAUCACAGUAAGCUGGACGGCCCCAGACUCCCAGCAUGCUGUGCGGUGGGGCUUCCUGGUUUGCUGUGGGGGUGUAGCUUCAGGCCAGGAGAAUGGGCGUGGCCAGCAGCUCCAGGUCAACUGUGAUUGGAGGACUGGAGGGGUUCAGGAAGUACAUGGUCCGAGUUGACUCCGUCACAGAGCAUGGUGUGGAAAGCUGUGGAGGGGAGGAACUGACGAUACACACUGGUAUAAAACUUUGUGUUUGUGUAAUGCUUUAGGUGUGCUUCUGCGUGGUUGUGUGUGUUAUAAAUAUAUUGAGUGUGUGGUGGUGUGUAUGUUUCUAACAGAGGGGAGAAUCUGACAGUGUCUUGGCCGACCCUGUCAGGUGAACGACCUGAUGGGUACUAUGUCAGGCUACACCCCCUCAACCAGGCCCGCCCCAGGGAACUCUGGGUGAAUAAGUCCAGGUGUGUGGUCCUGGGCAUGUUCAGUCCAGGGCAGACCUACGAGCUGGGUGUGGCUUCAGUGAGAGGAGGGAACAAGAGCCAAGAGAUCAGCACCACAUACACCACAGGUAGGCCCACAGAGACUGUGUGUGUUCAAGUUGAAGUUUCAAGAAAUGUUGGUUUUGCUCUCUAAUAUUGUGUGUAUAUCUUUCUCAUUGUGUGUGUGUGUGUGUGUUUGAUGUGUGUAGAGCCCGGGCCGGUGCAGGUAGCUUUCCCUCUCUCAGUAGGAAGCAGUUCUGUGGUUCUGUAUGUCCAGAGACCAGUGCUGGGAGUGUGUGACGGAGUGAGGGUGUGUGUUUGUAAGGGAGUGUGUGAGGGUGUGUGUGUGUGUGUGUAAGGGUGUGUGUGAGUGGUCGCCACUCACCCCGGGUAGGCACACAGUACCAGUUGGCGGCCUGACUCCAGGGGUGGAGUACCAUCUAAGUGUCUACAGCACCAGCCGACACAGGACAGGAACGCCAUACCACACACACACACACACUCAGGUACACACACACGUGAGUACACACACACUUAUAUUCUCCUAUUCUCCUCCUCUUCUGAUUGUGUGUGUGCGUGUGCGUAGUCCUGCCAUCACCCAGCAGUGUGAGAGAGGGCUUAGUAACAGAGUCGUCAGUAGAGAUGCUUUGGGAUCCAGCCCCUGGACAUGGACACAACUAUGAAGUCCUCUGUCUCGACUGUCACCACACAGUGUUUAUAACGUGUGUGUGCAUGUAUACUGUGUGUAUGUAGUCGAGUACCUGUGUAAUAUGUGUGUAUGUGGUCGAGUAUCAAAUCAAAUCAAAUGUUAUUUGUCACAUGCUUUGUAAACAACAGGUGUAGACUAAGAGUGAAAUGCUUACUUACGCAGCAUUUUUUGGGCCCUUCCUAACAAUGCAAAGAGAAAACAAUGGAAAUGAGAGAGAAAAAAAUAACACCAGGAAUAAAAUACCCAAUGAGUAAAGAUAACUUGGCUAUACAGCGUGAAACCCUGUUUUAUCGGCAUAUUCAACAGCAUUUAAGAAAUAUAUUACCUUCAACAAUGUUAUCUUGUGAUCAAGCAUCAAUGUUUUGUGAUUAUUGGUGUCGUAAAAAAUUUUUAGCUAACGGGUUAGCAAUUAGCAUGUCUGACAUUUCAGUGGAAAUACUACUAUUAUCAGCUUUUUGAUAAGCGGUUUAGCAAAAAAAUACGUCCCGUAUUAUCGGCAUACGGUCCCCAGUUAUUGGCCACCUUACUAUUUUGUUCAAUUACAAGAUAUAUCCGUUUAAUUUUGUUCAAAAAAGAGACACCAACCUUGUAUCCGAAGUGUUUACUAGAUAGUUAACUAGUUGGCUAGCUUUUCUCUUCCUUUUCUGUGCUGUAGUUUGAGAAAAAGUAACGUUAGACAGAGCAUGUUUCAUGAAAACCCUUUUCAACCUUUUUACAUCAGUACCUCUGGAGGAAGCUGCAGAAGUUUUGGAGGAGGUGGACAUGACUUGAGGGCUGGUGCUAUGGACUGUAGAUAUGUAAAGAGAGAAAAAUACGUUUAAACAUUGCAGUUUUAUAAAACAGAUAACAAACAGUAAUUUUUUCGUAAUUUAACAUGUGUUUACCUGUGGAGGUGGCUGUUUUCAAAUUGCAGGGGGCAGGGACACCAGACGAGGCUGCUAUGGUGGUUUGACCAGGGGAGACGGAGGACGCAGUUGGUCCAGAGGAGGCCGCGUUGGUGGUGACAGACAGCGGUGGUGGUGUGCAUCGUGGUGGUGGUGGACGAAACCGCCGACGAUGGCUUGGAGGAGCUGGUGUUUGUAAUGGUGGGGUUGAGGGGCCGACGAUGGUGUGGCCGGGAGAGUAGGAACGUGGCCUUCUUCUGCAGCUGGGGACUCCGGCGGCUCCUACAGGUGUUGCACACUGGGAGGCACUGGCAGUGGUGAUGCAGCUGUCAGGAGUGGUUCCAGCGGGGGGUCCAGCAGAGGCGAUGGCGUCAAUGGUCUCAUCCAUGGCAGCCCUCUCCUGUGCCCUCUGUGUUCUGAGGGCUGCCCGACGCUCUUUCUCCUCUGCCUCGGCCCUCUCCUUCUCACCCCUCUCCUGCCACUGGCGCAUGUAUUCCUCCCCGGUGAGGCAUGUGGUGACCACAGGGAGUCUUCUGUAUCCGUCUAGCCAAUACUUCAGGACAGUAAGGAUGUGCCCCAGGUCCUGCGAUAUCAGCCCCCCCCCCCCCCCCCCCCCCAUAUUAGGGGGUGCUCUUCUAGAGCUAGGGCUGGGACUGGAGCAGGGGCUGGGACAGGGACUGGGACUUGAGCAGGGGCUGAGGGUCCUCCUGUGGUCGCUGGGGAGGAGGUGCUGAUGGACGGCACAGUGCUGCUGGUUCCAGGAGAGGCGGUGGUGGGAACCGGUAGGGACCGAGACGGCAUUAAACGGGACCCUUCAAUGGCUGAAGGGUCAAAAGGGAAGAGGCCACACUUCUUAAACACUUCCACCACAUAGCACAUGUCCUUGCAGCGCUGGUACGGGUAGCGGAAUACUCUGGCAAAUUCUGAUUUGUUUACCAUGUAGGAGUGGUCAAAAUGGCUAAGGUCUCCAGCUACCUUAGAGAACUCAGCCUUUAAAGGGCCAAAGUAUGCCACGCCCAGCGGCUGCAGGACAUGGGUGCAGUGUGGUGGAAGACAAAGAAGUAUAACCCCUUCCCUUAGUACCGCUGUGAGCACCUCUGGGUCCAUGUGGCUCUUGUGCCCAUUGAAGAGGAGAAGGAGAGGGUGCUCCUUCUCUACAUGCUUAAUUAAGUGUUGAAACCACUUCCUGAACAGGUCCCCGUCAAUGUAGCCACUGUUUGACCGUCCAUACAAGGCUUGUGGGGGGCCUCCAGUGUGUAGUGGCCACCGGGGAAACACUUGGGGUAGAUGAUAAACGGGGGGACUACCUCCCCAGUUGCGUUGAAGCAGGCCAGCACUGUGAUGUGCUCCUUGGUCCCUGGAGCCUGCUGUACACGUGUUUUGCGCCCUGGGGAGCCAGCACUUUGUGCCUGCUCUGGUCACUACAAAACCCAGACUCAACCCACUCUCCUCCAAGUGCUUCUCAUAAGAAGUGAAGAAGGUGUCCAUCAUCGGAUGUGUGGCACACUCAGCUCUCCCCCUGUCCAGGGUGUCCGACCUCCUCAUGCUCAGGUUCUUGUGCCUCCUCCUGAACAUUUCCCACCACCUCUUCCCCAGUGGUGGGAUUGUAUCCCCUGGGUGCCGAAACAUACAAUAGAAUAGAAUAUAUAAUUGUCCAUCCAGGAUGAAAAUGUUUGUUUUGGCAUCACCAUACACAUCCACAUUUACAUCACACACAUUGAGAACAGUCAGUCCAGCAUUCUACAUACAUAAACACAUAGAACACCAAAAACCUGCGUAUUUUGUCGGCGUAUUUCAUCAGCCUCUGUCUGGUGAAGGGGAACCGAUGGCUGGCGCAGUAGAUACAGUACUGCACCAGAUAAUUUUCAUCCUCUGGUGCAAGCAAUGUGGGUGGUCCACUGCAACAACCAUGGGUCACCCGGCUGCUCAGCCUGUCCGCCAGGGUCUGCCGAGGUACACCAUGCACCUUGGUAGAUAAGAAAAUAAAACUGUUACUAGCAGAUAAAAUUCACAUACACGUGGUAAUCUCCUAAAAACAAAAGAUGCCUAACCUUGGCAGCCUGGCGGAUACCCAUCCCUGCCCCGCAGUCCUCCAUGGCAUGGAACAUGUCCACCUCACUCCAAUGCUUCCUCUUGACUUUCUCCAUGCUGUGGUGGUAAAUACAUGUAGCUAAAUAACUUGGCAUACUAUACACAUUUUAGAACGAUAACUCUAUCUGAAUAUGUAUAAACAUUUACAUUUCAAAGCUAAGGCAUUCACAAUAACUAAAAGUGUACUCAUGUUUUUUGUUUGAUAUUAUCUGUAAUUAAAAUUAGUGUCCCAAUUAGUUUAAUAUUGAUGCAUACAUUGUAACAUUUGAGUAAAUAUUGCCUCUAUGUAGCUGUUGUAAGAUUAAACAUAGCCAACAGUGAUAGGUGUCAAAAAGUUUAUGGUUCAAAGUUCAAAAUACAUUUUUGCAGAUUGUGCAAAACGCCCCCAUCAGAUGACUCCAAUUUUGAUACGGUAAAGCUUGACAACAUUCAGCUGUUUUUAUUAUAUUUAUUAUCUAACGCUUACAAUUUAUUUCCUUUUUGCUUACUUAGCAGUUCUAUCAACAUUUAGCAACUAAGCUAGCAACAUUAGAACAUCCGUCAGCUAUAUUUCAGAGGUAAAAAGUUGGAUAAUAAAUUGUGUGGUCUGUCGCGCAGUCGAAUUUUACAAUAUACAGCGUGUCCCACAAAAUGUGUAUAUAUAUAACUUUUUUGAAAACUCUCAAAACCUAACUUAACCUACAUAAAUUGCAAUGAAAAAUGGUGGUCAGCUAGCUAGAAGGGUGUCUAUAACGUACCGUUAUUUUCCAGUCCAUUUAAAUGUUGAGCUCGAGGUGAUUUAGUCCUCCAACCGCUAGAGAGUAUCCGAUGUUGGGGGAAAAUCUGCUACACAGGGUACCAGGACCGAGUCGAUGUGCAGGGGUACAAGGUAAUUGAGGUAAAAAUGUACUUAUAGGUAAAGUGACUAUGCAACAGGAUAGAUAAUAAAGAGUAGCAGCAACGUAUGUGAUGAGUCAAAAGAGUUAACGCAAAAAGGGUCAAUGCAGAUAGUCCGGGUAGCUAUUGGUUAACUAUUUAACUAACAAUUUAGCAGUCUUGUGGCUUGGUGUAGAAGCUGAUCAGGGUCCUGUUGGUUCCAGACUUGGUGCAUCUGUACUGCUUGCUGUGCGAUAGCAGAGAAAACAGUUUAUGACUUGCGUGGCUGGAAUCUUUGACAAUUUUUAGGGCCUUCCUCUGACACAGCCUAGUAUAGAGGUCCUGGAUAGCAGGGAGCUCGGCCCCAGUGAUAUACUGGGCCGUAUGUUCUACCCUCUGUAGCGCCCUGCAGUCAGAUGCCAAUCAGUUGCCAUACCAAGCAGUGAUGCAGUCAGUCAAGGUGCUCUCAAUGGUGCAGCUGUAUAACUUUUUGAGGAUCUGAGGGCCCAUGUCGAAUCUUUUCAGCCUCCUGAGGGGAUAGAGGUGUUGUUGUGCAUUCUUCACGACUGUGUUGGUGUGUGUGGAGUGGACCAUGAUAAUUUCCAGGUCACUGACCUGCUCCCUAUAAGCUGUCUCAUCGUCGUCGGUGAUCAGGCCAACCACCGUUGUGUCAUCAGCACAGUCGUGAGUGACCAGAGAGUACAGGAGGGACUUAAGCACGCACCCCCGUUUUGAAGGUCAGCGUAGCGGAUGUGUUGUUGCCGACCCUCACCACCUUGGGGCGGCCUGUCACUAUGGUGUUGAACGCUGAGCUAUAGUCAACGCUGAGCUAUAGUCUUACAUAGGUGUUCCUCUUGUCCAGGUGGUAGAGGGCGUCAUCUGUGGAUCCGUUGGGGCGGUAUGCAAAUUGGAGUGGGUCCAGGGUGUCUAGGAUAAUGGUGUUGAUGUGAGCCAGGACCAGUUUUUCAAAGCAUUUCAUGGCUACAGAUGUGAGUGCUACAGGGCGAUAGUCAUUUAGACGGGUUACCUUGGCGUUCCUGGGCACAGGGACUAUGGUGGUCUGCUUGAAACAUGUAGGUAUUAGAGAAUGAAUACGUGUCUCUGAAUACGUGUCCUGGUAAUCUGUCUGGCCCUCCGGCCUUGUGAAUGUUAACCUGUUUAAAAGUAUUAUUCACAUUGGCUACGGAGAGUGAGAUCACACAGUCGUCCGGAACAGCUGGUGCUCUUAUGCAUGGUUCAGUGUUGCUUGCCUCAAAGCAAUCAUAGAAGGAAUUUAGCUUGUCUGGUAGGCUCGCGUCACUGGGUAGCUCGCAGCUGGGUUUCCCUUUGUAAUCUACGAUUGUUUUCAAACCCUGCCACAUCCAGCGAGCAUCAGAGGAUUCGAUCUUAGUCCUGUAUGGACGUUUUGACUGUUUGAUGGCUCGUCGGAGUUCAUAGCAGGAUUUCUUAUAAGCGUCCGGAUUAGUGUCCUGCUCCUUGAAAGCGGCAGCUCUAGCCUUUAGCUCAGUGUGAUGUUGCCUGUUAACCAUGGCUUCUGGUUGGGAAAUAUAAGUACGGUCACUGUGGGAAUGACAUCGUUGAUGCACUUAUUAAUGAAGCCGGUGACUGAUGUGGUAAACUCCUCAAUGUUAUCGGAUGAAUCCCGGAACAUAUUCCAGUCUGUGCUAGCGAAACGGUCCUGUAGCUUAGCAUCCACUUAAUCUGACCACUUCUGUAUUGAUCGCGUCACUGGUACUUCCUGUUUGAGUUUUUGCUUUUAAGCAGGAAUCAGGAGGAUAGAGUUAUGGUCAGAUUUGCCAAAUGGAGGGCGAGUGAGAGUUUUUUAUGCGUUUCUGUGUGUGGAGUUUCUAGAGUUCAUCUAGAGUUUUUUCGCCUAUAGUUGCACAGGUGACAUGCUGUAACAUAAAAAUGAGGUAAGACAGUUUCCCUGCAUUAAAAUCACCGGCCACUAGGAGUGCUGCCUCUGGGUGUACAAUUAGUUGUUUGCUUAUGGCCCUAUACAGCUCGUUGACUGCGGUCUUACUGCCAGCAUCGGUUUGUGGUGGUAAAUAGACAGCUACAAAAAAUAUAGAUGAAAACUCUAUUGGUAAAUAGUAUGGUCUGAAGUUUAUCAUUAGGUACUCUAGCUCAGGUGAGCAAAACCUUGAGAGUUCCUUAACAUUAGAGAUCGCUCACCAGCUGUUGUUAACAAAGAGACACACACCUCUUCGCUUAACCUUACCCGUAGCUGCCGUUCGGUCUUGAUGAUGCAUAGAAAAAACAGCUAAUACUGAACAAAAAUAUAAACGCAACAUUUCAUGUGUUGGUCCCGUGUUUCAUGAGCUGAAAUAAAAGAUCCCAGAAAUGUUCCAUAUGCACAAAAAGCUUAUUUCUCUCCAAUCUUGUGUACAAAUUAGUUUACGUCCCUGUUAGUGAGCAUUUCUCCUUUGCCAAGAUAAUACAUCCACCUGACAUGUGUGGCAUAUCAAGAAGCUGAUUAAACAUCAUGAUCAUUACACAGGUGCACCUUGUGCUGGGGACAGAAAAAGGCCACUCUAAAAUGUGCAGUUUUUUAACACAGCACAAUGCCACAGAUGUCUCAAGUUUUGAGGGAGCGUGCAAUUGGCAUGCUGACCUCAGGAAUGUCCACCAGAGCUGUUGCCAGAUAAAUUCAUGUUCAUUUCUCUACCUCCAAUGUCGUUUUAGAGAAUUUGGCAGAACGUCCAACCGGCCUCACAACUGCAGACCACAUGUAUGGAGUUGUGUGGGCGAGCGGUUUGCUGGUGUCAAUGUUGUGAAUAGAGUGCCCCAUGGUGGCGGUGGGGUUAUGGUAUGGGCAGGCAUAAGCUAUGGACAACGAACAAUGAACACAAUUGCAUUUUACCGAUGGCAAUUUGAAUGCACUGUGACGAGAUCCUGAGGCCCAUUGUUGUGCUAUUCAUCCGUUGCCAUCACCUCAUGUUUCAGCAUGAUAAUGUACGGCCCCAUGUCGCAAGGAUCUGUACACAAUUCCUGGAAGCUGAAAAUGUCCCAGUUCUUCAAUGGCCUGCAUACUCACCAGACAUGUCACCAAUUGAGCAUGUUUGGGAUGCUCUGGAUCGACGUGUACAACAGCGUGUUCCAGUUCCCGCCAAUAUCCAGCAACUUCGCACAGCCAUUGAAGAGGAGUCAGACAACAUUCCACAGGCCACAAUCAACAGCCUGAUCAACUCUAUGCGAAGGAGAUAUGUUGCACUGCAUGAGGCAAAUGGAGGUCACACCAGAUACUGACUGGUUUUCUGGUGUUUUCCAUGCCCCUAUAAUUUUUUUGAGGUAUCUUUGACCAACAGAUGCAUAUCUGUAUUCCCAGUCAUGUGAAAUCCAUAGAUUCGGGCCUAAUUUAUUUAUUUAAAUUGACAGAUGUUCUUAUUUGAACUGUAACUCAGUAAAAUCUUUUAAAUCGAUGCAUGUUGCGUUUCUAUUUUUGUUCAGUCCAUGUCCUUGUUUAGCCACGACGCCGAGAAACAUAGGAUAUUACAGUUCUUCAGGUCCCGUUGAUAGGAUAGUCUUGAACGGAGCUCUUCCAGUUUGUUCUCUAGUUAUUAUACGUUUCGCCAAUAGAACGGAGGGUGGAGGCGGUUUAUUUACUCACCGUCGUAGUCUCAUCAGGGAGACCGCUAAUUUUUCUCUCUUGCGCCGUCUCUUCCUCCUUGGAGUCCCGGAGAUUAGGGCCUGGUCUGGGAUGAGCAGUACAUCCACACCUGCUGACUCGUUGAAGAAGAUGUCUUCAUCCAAAUCGAGGUUAGUGAUCGCUGUUCUGAUGUCCAGAAGCUGUUUUCGGUCAUAGGAAAUGAUGGCGGAAGUACCCAAAAAAUUAAGAUCAGCGUAAAAAACACACACACAAAAGAACAGAAUUGGUCAGGAGCCUGUAAGACGGCAACUAUCCAUCUCUGCAGUGUCAUCUCAUGUGAGAUGCACACACAUUAUAUAGAUACUCGACCACAUACACACACGUGGUCGCAUAUCUAUAUAAUAUGUUAAUAUGUACAGAAGGUGUGUGUUCCGAGGGCAGUAUUCUUUGGGUUGCUACCAAGCAGCCUGUACCACUUCUUUCUGACGACGGAGAAUGAGUCCUUCAUAGACAGCCCCCCGUCACACUCAACGUCACUACAGGUACACACAAACACACACACACAAACACACCUGUCUCCCUGGCUUUGCUUAAUCUGUGUGUGUGUGUGUGUGUGUGUGUGUGUGUGUGUGUAUGUGUGUGUGUGUGUGUGUGUGUGCGUGUGCAUGUGCAUGUGUGUGCGUGUGUGUAUGUUAGCUCCCAGUAAUAAUAUGAUAAUAAUAAUAAUAUGCCAUUUAGCAGACGCUUUUAACCAAAGUGACUUACAGUCAUGCGUGCAUACAUUUUUUUUUGUGUAUGGGUGGUCCCGGGGAUCGAACCCACUACCUUAGCGUUACAAGCGCCGUGCUCUACAUACCUCCACAACACAUCACACACACUACUUAUUACCCACAUACAACGAACCCAGUACGAUUUAUUAAGACUGGUUGAGAGCGGCGAGGGGAAUGUUGAUUGACUGAUAUGACAACAGAUGUUCUGAUUGGUGUUUCUCUCUAGUCCCAGGAGCCCCACAGGAAGUGCUGCUGGUGGAAGAGGAUGUGACCUCAUCAGUGUUUGUGAGCUGGGGAGCCACCGCAGGGGGCAUGAAGAGGUACAAGGUAGGACACAGUCCUAUCCUCUCCCUUACUCUCUCUCCUCUCUCCUCUCUCCCUCUCUCCUAUUUUCUUCUCCUCUCCUUUCCUUUCCUUUCCUUUCCUUUCCUAUUUUCUCCAUAAUUUGUAAUUUUCCAUCCCCUGACAAAUCAUUAGCAAUGGCAAAUCGUUAGCAACAACUGUCUCAGUAUACCCAUUCAUAAUAAGCCCUUUACAUACACACAUGCACACACAAAUGCACAAACACACAGUCAACACUCUCUCUCACACACUAACACACAGAGAAUGAGUUCUUCGUAAGAUGAAGCAGGACAGGGGGGUCAAGAAACACUCCAGAGAACACACUCACCUGGUGGUUGCCUAGUGACUGUUGUCAGCGCAGAUUGUCUCUGGUUACCGGCCCUUUAAAGAUGUAUGACCCCCCCCCCCCUCCCCACAGCCACCGCCAGGGAGAAUGACCAAGCACUAUACACGCACGCACGCAUGUACACACAGACACAGACACAGACUUACUGCUUUAUUCUGUCCAGAUAAAACAGAAAUGCUGUUCUCUCUGUGUCGUUCAUUUGGGGUUUGUCACUGCCCAAACAAAACUUUGUCCAACAAACACCAACAAACUCCAACAUUUGAUUUUGUCCCCUAAUGUUUUGUCCGAUUGUGUGUGUGUGUUCUUCUUAGCUGCUGUUGUGUCCGUCAGGGGACAAGUAG